AUGGCUUCGACGGCAGCUCUUCCCUCGGGGAAUUCGGAUGUAGUCGCUGCCGAUAGAGGCAAUGCCCUGGCCGCCAUCGCCAUGGGAAUCUACUACAACCUCGCGGCACACCAGGACAACACCGCCUUCUUCAUCGCGACGGUGCCCAUGAGGAUGCUAUCAGCUGCGGUUUUCUGGGCUCAGGGGUGGCCUGCCGUCGCGGCAUGGGAGGGCACGGGGUCGUUGAGCACGAUUUUGGCGCUGUGGUGGGACUCGCGGAAGGGAUGA